UUGCUGAUUGCGUUCACACGUUGCUUUUUGCUGCAUAAUAAAUGGACUGACAACUUAUUUGCAAUGAAGGCAUUUCAGUUUAAUGCGAUUGUGUUUUGGUUGCUGUUGAUGCUACCAAUAGCGUCGGCCACAAAUAUCCGCCUUGUUGGUGGCAGGACGCCGUACUCAGGCCGCUUGGAGGUGGAGCACGGUGGGCAAUGGGGAACAGUGUGUGACGACGAGUUCACAGUCACCAGCGCAAAGGUCGUCUGCAGGAUGCUCGGAUUUGCAGACACAGGUGUCUCAGAAGUACUCUUGCCAAGCGUGUAUGGCCCAGGAACUGGGAUAAUCAUGCUAGAUAGUCUUAACUGCAAUGGUUACGAAGAAGACGUUGCAAACUGCUCGCAUGAUAGUUGGCAAUCAACUGAUUGUUCCCACAAAGAGGACGUCGGCGUCAACUGCCACACGAAAGUGCAAUUGGCGACUGGUUCUGCCACACACGACGGUCAGGUGGAGGUGAACAUCUCUGGGAUCUGGGAACCAAUAUGUGCCGAGAACUUCACCUUAUCCGAAGCCAAGGUCGUCUGCGGGAUGAUGGGAUUCAGUUUCAAUGGAGCACAGCUCACGUCAUCACACUCCUACCGAAAUACUUUCUCUCCGAUAUCCUACUCAUGUCAUGGAGCAGAAAAAGACAUUUCCUUGUGUGUGAGAAGGAAUACUAGCACGUGCUUUUUAUCCUCUGCGGCUUCCAUUAACUGUCGAACUCCAAUUCGGCUAGUGAACGGCACCAGCUCCCAGUCAGGACGUGUUGAGAUCGAGUACAGAGGUCGCUGGGGGACGAUAUGCGAUGACGGCUUCGAUGACCUUGAAGCAAAAGUCAUCUGUAACAUGCUUGGUUUUAGCACAAAUGAUUCCAAAGCCUUGGGCGGAAGUUAUUAUGGGGAAGGCACAGGGGAUAUAGUAGUGGACGAAAUGCGUUGUAUUGGUAACGAAAAUGACAUUUCUGAAUGUAAAUCAAGCGACUGGAUGUCUCCAUCGAAUUGCAAUCACAUUGAAGAUGCAUCGGUUGAAUGCAAAACGGAAGUUCGUUUAUCAGAUGGACCCACCAGAUAUGCAGGUCGACUUGAAAUACAGAAUAAUUCUGUUUGGGAAACAGUUUGUUCUGACCUCGUAGAUAACAAGACGGCAGUGGUCGUGUGCAGGAUGCUAGGGUUUGAAGGAGGUAACAUAACUGUUUAUUACGAUGGCCGUUUCAAAAAUGGUAGCGGAUCGAUGAAAUCGCAUGGAUACGACUGUGAAGGGAACGAGACCGAUAUUGCGAAUUGCAAAUCAACAGAAACUAUCGUUUCAUGCUCGACAAGACUUAGCUCUGCAUUUAAUUGUUAUUCGUACACACCAAUAAGGCUUCUGAACGGGACGACGAUGUUCAAUGGAAGAGUUGAGAUUUACGUACGAGAAAACGCAGCAAACGGGUACUGGAGGGAAAUGUGUUACGAUAAAUUUACUAUCCAGGAUGCGAUGGUUUUGUGUAAAAUGAUUGGGCAUCCUAAUGUGCAUCCGAGAACAUUUAACGCGUACAGUCAAUAUAAUUCUAAUGGAAGGUUUUCUGCAAUAAUCAGUAUUGGUUGCACUGGUAACGAAACGGACAUAAGUGGAUGCACACCCAGCAACCAAUGGACAUUGACAUCCUGUAGCACAAGCAAUCGUGCAGCAAUUAACUGUGCGCAAAAUUCCACUGUCAAGGUCGCAGAUGGACCUUCAAUAAAAGCUGGAAGAGUCGAGAUCUUGUAUAAUGGCACCUGGCUGGGAAUCUGUCGUCAACGAUUAAUCAAUUAUAAUUAUUACGACAUCACGGCACAUGAUAUAAACAUUAUUUGUAAACAUCUGGGAUACAAUCAAAGUGGGUACUUGAUAAGCGAAGUACAGCCACGCAGCAAAAUUGUCGUUCGGAACCUUGACUGUAGCGAUACAGAAGGGGACAUCUCAGAUUGUAAAUCUGACACAUGGGGUGUUGAGUAUCCGUGUGACCAGGCAGCCAUAGUUUGCAACAGUAGCGUCCGCCUAGUGAACGGGAGCAGUGAGAGAUCCGGUCGUGUGGAAGUGCUGCACCAGGGGCGCUGGGGAACCAUCUGUGCUGACGAAUUUACAAACAGAGAGGCUGAUGUUGUCUGCAGAAAAGCUGGCAUUAGACUUUGGAAUGCAUCAGCUCUCGACGAUUCCCCAUUCGGGUUUGGUAAUCAUGGAUACCUUCUAAAAAACGUUUCGUGCAAAUCAAGCGAGCACGAUAUAGGGGAGUGUCAGAGUUUCCCAUGGAAUGAAACAUCUUGCAGAGAUGGGAACGUAGCAACUGUUUUUUGUCGAGUACUCGAAACGCCAAUUCGUCUUCUGGGAGGCAAGACAUCGUUCGACGGGCGGGUUGAGUUGCACUUUAAAAAUGACUGGAAACAAAUUUGUUACCAAGGUUAUAAUGGAAAGAUCAGCACAGACGUACUUUGUCGUUUGUUAGAAUAUAAUUUUUCAAGAGAUGCAACCUAUACGAACAACUAUGAUUAUUCCAACUCCUUGAACUCCUUGCUGAGAGACCUGCAAUGCGUUGGAAAUGAAUCUGAUAUCUCUCUGUGCCCUUCCUCGGACUGGGGAUACACUUAUUGCAACUACUAUGGACUCACAAUAAAUUGUUUGUCUCCUAUAAGUAUUGAUGGCAGUUUUACUAAGCAUCGGGGAUAUGUACGUGUGCAAAAGAACGGACGUAGCGGUUAUUUGUGUGCUGAUAAUUUAACUGCAGAGACCCAGGCUGUUAUGUGCAAAAUGCUAUUUAAUUUUACCAGGGUUUAUGAAGUUGUGAAGGAACCGUACUUCAAGCCUGGAUUCGCCACCAAUAUAUUAGUAGAUAAUAUCCUAUGCAGCGGUACAGAGGAAGACUAUCAGAUGUGUCCAUCUUCGAAUUGGGAUUAUAACACUAAAUGCAAGAAUCCAGCGCUAAUAAGAUGCAAUACACCAGUGCGUCUUAAGGAUCAGACGAACAUGUACACAGGGACUGUUGAGGUCUACUUAAACAAAACUUGGUCAAAUAUAUGCUUUGAUCCAAUGCGAAAGGAUGAACACGCGACAAUGUUCUGUAGAAUGUUGGGAUACAAUUACGGACUGGCAAACGCUCGCAACGUGACUGCAUACAUUAAAUCUAAUCUGAACCUGACUUGCAAUGCCUACACUGAAGACAUCGAUAAAUGUGUGAGCAUAAAGGAGAGCUUCUGUGACUCGAUUCUGCAUAUAACAUGUCCAUCUCUGAUACAACUACAAAAUGGACGGACAAAUUAUAUGGGCCAAUUGACUAUACGCAUUGGUGAUAGCUUACGAUCGGUCAGUGCGUUGCAAGACGAAGAAACUAUACAGACUGUAUGUAGACUUAUGCGGUUCAACUUUACUGGAAAUUAUCAAGUAUGGUCUGAGGAAUUUCUUCGUAAGAAGAACACAUACGACAAUGAAAUGUUUUCCAAAUUAAAAUGCAAUGGAGAUGAAACUGAUAUAAUUGAAUGUUUAAACAGUACAGUUUAUUCCACACCGACCUACACGAGCGGAACAGGGAUUAACUGUCAAACCCCCAUUCGACUUGAUAAUGGAAACAGUUACCUAUCCGGAAAACUGGAAAUUAAUGUUAACAAAACAUGGCUUCCAGUAUGCUCGGACAGAUUCAGUUCCAACGAUGCGUACGUCAUAUGUCGAAUGCUUGGACACAAACAUGUAAGAAACGCAACUAUAAUGCUAGAAGCAACCAGCGGGUCGUUCGCAGAUGGUGCUUUUGUGUGUAAUGGAAAGGAAGAUGAUAUUUCGCAAUGCACUGGAUACACCGGGAAAACCGUGGCAUCAUGCUCCAGCCAACAGGCCAUUGCAAUUAACUGUCAAACCAGUGUUCGAAUAGCGGAUGGUCCCUCGUCAACUAAAGGUCGAGUGGAAGUGUUUUACAAUGGCAACUGGGGUCCGGUGUGUCGAUCCGCAAUCGGAACAAAUGAAGCAAAUGUUAUAUGCAGAUCCGCUGGAUUUAGAUACACAUAUGGUCAUGUACAGGACAGAUUUAAAUACAGCAACAAAACAUUCAACAAAUACAUGAUAUCUGGUCUUGUUUGUACCGGAUACGAGGAGACAAUCACCGAAUGCAGUGCUAAUGAAUGGUGGAAUAACACGUGCUUUGACGCACCGCUAGAGUUGGAAUGCAGGACAUCGAUUACCCUACAACCUGGUGUUAGUAAAUACUAUGGAUGGAUUCAGCUGAAUUUCCAAGAUCCAUACACAACAACAAAGUAUGGCUCGUUAUGUGGAUCUGGCUUUAGUUCUGAAGACGCCGAUGUUGUUUGUACUUUGAUUGGUGCUCCGACCUUUGGAAACGCAACUGUGUAUCCAAAGAACAAGUUUGGAUCUCAUCAAAGCUUUGUUAUUGAACAAGUGAACUGUUCAGGAAGAGAACACGAUCUGCAAGAAUGUCAGUCCAAACCUUGGUCAGAGAAUUUUCACACUUGCAACUCCAGCUACACAACGGUGGCAGUAAAUUGUCGGCCCGACACGCCAACCCGACUUCAAGGUAAUGAUCUAACAAAGGGAUUAGUUGAAGUGUUUUUCGACGGAACGUGGUAUACUAUGUGUGGCUCCUACUUCAACUUCAAAGAAGCUGCUGUAGUUUGCAACAAACUGGGAUACAAAAUCGGGACCCCUGAUAUUCAGUAUAGCUCUAGAAAUGCUCUUAUAUAUGGCAUGACGUGCAAUGGAGAUGAAACCGAUAUUUCCCAGUGCCAGUUUACAUUACACCCUUCAGAAUGCUGCACAUAUCCGUGGACAGUCGGACGUUGUUCAUCUAGUUCUUCAGAUAGUGAAUACACACAGAGAGCAGGAGUCAAAUGUAGUAACAAUCGUGUAAGACUGGUGAGUAACGUAAACAGGCACCAGGGACGAGUAGAGUUCCAGUAUUUCGGAGUCUGGGGAACUGUUUGUAAUACAAUGUUUGACCAAAAUGAUGCCAGUGUCAUAUGUCGACUUGCCGGAUAUGAAUAUUCGAGCAACAUAACGAUUCACAGAAACACUAAGUACGGAUAUGGGCAAGGUAACCUGAUUGUAGAAGACCUACAGUGUAACGGGACAGAAACAGAUAUUGACGAAUGUGCCUCGUAUCCGUGGAAGGAAAAUUCUGCACAACCACCCUGCAAUUCGCAUAACUUAGAUGUCGGAGUUAACUGCAGACCUGUUACGCCUAUGCGCCUAGUAGGUGGAACUAACUAUUCCGGAAGAGUUGAAAUUGAGUAUGAAGGCGUCUGUGGCACGAUUUGUGACAGAAACUUCGAUGAAAACGACGCUAAAGUGAUAUGCAGAAUGAAAGGGCUCAAUACAAAGAGUGUUAUUGUACGCAAGAACGUUUUUAACGAAACUGGUAAUGGAAGGAUCUUAAUAUCUGACCUUAACUGCGAGGGUAACGAGCCGGACAUCUCAGAAUGCAGCGUUGGUUACACAUGGGGAACUCCAUAUUCAUUGUGUACUCAUAACGAAGAUGUUGCGGUCCAGUGUAACACGCCCGUUCGAGUCAGCGAAGGUUUAACGUUCUAUUCCGGUAUGGUGGAGGUUUAUAUCAAUCACGGAUGGAAGCGUGUAUGCAAGGACAAUUUCACAAUGGAUGAUGCGAUUGCGAUAUGUAAUCAGGCAGGAAAGAGAGACAACUAUCAUGGAAACAUUUCAAUUCACAAUCAAGAUUUCGUUAAAAUACUUCCUGAACCUACAACUUUGGGUGGGUUUGGGUGUCAUGGGGACGAACGGGAUUUAUACGAAUGCGGAUUCGGCCAGUGGACUGAGUCAGAAAAGUAUUGUCCGAGUGGAGAGAAUAUAGCUGUUAACUGCCGAGCGCAAACCCCGGUCCGAUUAAUGGAAGGCUUCCAUGAGGCAACAUCCAAUGGUAAGCAUAAACCCAUACAGGGAAGAGUAGAAAUCCAGUAUAGGAGGUUUGACCAGAGUUUACAAAAGUACGUUGACGAUCAUUGGGGCACUAUAUGUGAUGAUCAGUUUGGAGAUGAAGAUGCCUCGGUUCUCUGUACCAUGAUGGGAUAUUCGAUUGGUAAGGUAUACCACCCUGAAACAGAAUAUGCAUUACUUGGAAAUGAGACAAUCAUACUUGAUGACCUGCAAUGUCUCGGUGUCGAAGAAGAUGUGUCCGAGUGUAAGGCACGAGAGUGGGGUACCCAUGACUGCGUACACGAUGAAGACGUCGCCAUUAACUGCAACUACCAGGACAACAUUGACCCCUGCGACAAAGAGAACUACAAGAGACUUCCUAAUCUGGAAAUAAGGCUUGUGAAAUUCGAAACAAAAUCCAAUCCCAUAAGUGACAACAAACUAUCGCUGAACUGGUAUUAUGUUGGCAACAACACUCUGCCAGACAAAGAACCUCCGAUGAACAGAUGUGCUACUUUUUACCCGGUGUAUAGCAAAGAUACCAAUGCAGUCCCCGCAUUUGAGGAUAAAAUCAAGUAUUUUAAAGCGGAGCAGGCAGGCGAUUCCAAUAUUACUUAUAAUGUACAGGCGAAAAACUGUGGAGGUUACUUUGUGUACAGACUUGGCCCAACCCUAACUGAAAACAGCGGCUACUGUUUUGGUAUUGGAUCGGAAAUUCCUCCUUCGUCGUUUGUUGCGGGUAGCGUUGGUGUUGUUUAUGGGAACACUAGCACUUCAAUAUGGUUUAAAUGCAAAUUCGACCCGGACCAAACCCAAAAUCUCUACUACCAAGUAGAGUGGCACGUAAUUGGAAAUUCAGAGCAUGUAACAACCAAACAGUACUGCAGUCAGUCGGAUAUGUCACCGUGUUAUCUGACGCACAAGGAUCUUGAGGAUAUGAAUAUUGGCAUGGGAACAAAUAUAACAUGCGCUGUUCGUGCAUUCAACGAACCCAACAGUCAGCCGGGCCAGUUGUCGUUGAUGUCGGAUCCAUUUUUUCUGGGUAUCACAGUGCUAACCCCUCGCAUUUCCUUGCACCGAGGAGAGUAUAAGUCUGUGGAAAUGAAAUUAUCAGUUCCGAUAGUGUGCGAUAAUGUGAGACCUUCCAAUAACAUCGCAUGUGGCGUCAAUAUGGACUACUUCACACCGGAUUAUGGAACUUGCCCCAAUGCUGAAGGCAACUUCCCAGGCGGAUGCUCAGUUGCAGUUACGAACAAGUCAUAUGGUACAACUAUUACUGUGAACGUCAGCGCUGCGGAAACAGGACAGUACGGAGUUGCCGGAAAGUUUACACUUUUCCUUCAAAUACCCAGAACUAGAGGGGUCGCGUUCUUUUCGGUUUCAUACAAACUGCCUGCAAUAGAGGUUGAAGUAUUGCCAGAAAUGAAUCGGCAAUGGCGAGGAAAACUGUGUGCAGCCCGAAAUGACCCGCACAUGUAUACAUUUGAUGGCAGGUCCUAUGAACAUCACGCUGAAGAAGGAGAUUACAUCCUGUACAGCCACUCAUUGUAUAAACAGGUCGAGAUUCAGCAUAGAAUAGUCAAUUGCACGGAUGACAGUCCAGCGAAAUGUAACUGUGGCGUUGCCGUAAGAGCCGGACGUGACAUCUACGUCAUCAACGUUUGUGAUAGAUAUAUAGACAUUGGCUACAGGCAAUGCUGGGAUAAAGCGUUAACAGUGAAAAAGGAAAACGACUAUACUUACACGAUAUAUUUGCCAUACGGCACUGCAGUAAGGGCGCGGAUAGACAGCGCACCGUUCAUGGGUGAGCAAGGCGGCAGAGUUUUGGACAUUUCUGUAAAUCCGUCGAUUCAAGACAGCAGUGGAAAAAGUACAGGUUUAUGUGGAUCCCUUAAUGGUAAUUCGUCUGAUGAUUUUGACAAUGAAUCACAAUUUAUUAAACAAUGGAAAGUGCCAAGAAAUGCAUCGUUGUUUACCAAUGAUUCGUAUCAUAAAGAAUUUGAGCCUUGGAUUUUUCCAACGUGCACAUGCAAGAAAACCACUGGAGGGAACGGCGCAUAUUCGUGUGACAGGAGUAUCGCGGGCUGUACUCGAGGGACGCUUGCUGGUUACCAUAGUUGCGGUGAGCUGAUAGAAAGUCGUCCAGUGAGAUCCACGUCAAUAAAAUCAAGAAAACCAGAGAUAAAGAUACCAGUCUUACAUCAGCGAUUCCAUGUCCGAAAUCGUCGAAGCACAGGCGUAUGGACGGACGAUAAGGCUCGAGCACAUUGUGAGCACGAAUUAAAAGCAAUACAGGACAUGUGCAAUAAAAUUCCAGAUACACACACGAACGUGUCUUUGGAAAACUGCGUACUGGAUAUAAUGAUAACCAAUUCAUCAUUCUGGUUAGCGAUGUCCAGGCAGUCAAUGUUGCAAACAUGUCAAAAUGAGAUCCAGCGUAACAAUACUGUUAUUAAGGUUUUAAUUGAAAGAGCGGAGAACAAAAACAUAACAAGCACAGGGGAAGCAGAAACACAUACAAGUUUAACUACUGACGCUCCACAAACGCUUGCUGAAUUGAACAUUUUAAAGGAAAUUUUGAAAACCUCUGAACACAUUGAAGAAAUUUUUUGCAUGAAUAAUUGCAGCGGAAAUGGAACUUGCGUUAACGGAACAUGUCAAUGCAACUCGGGCUUCGGCGCGGUUGAUUGUUCUAUUGAUUUAAAAAAACCACCAAUAAUAUCUGGAAUAUUAGAUGAAGGACUUUGUGACCAGAACAAUACAGACUGUUCUCAGAUUGUUGUCUUUGGUGGAGAAUUUACAUCGUCUAACUUGACUUGCAGAUUGAACAUAUUUUAUUUUGACAUACACGGAACACCUCACAAUGACAGUGGAAUUGAAGUUCCUGGACACGCUGAAACAAUAGUGGAAACGAUAUGUCCUCUCCGAGGAUUGCGACAACGUAGAUCAAUCGCCGAUAGGUUUGUUGUCGGAUUCCAUGUAUCCGUAAGUAACGACGGUGAAAACUACGAUGACCACAAACAAGGGUUAGCCUACAUCUAUAACUCGCAAUGCCAGACGUAUGGUUAUGCAAAAGAUUCACAAUGGAUAUAUACGUUUUCCCUGAAGGAUGGUUUCUGCUUCAUCGAAGGUCAGUGCUACUAUAACGGCACUUUUCACAUUUCACAAAAGAUGAUAUGUGAUCCGCUCGCCAACCAAACAUCAUGGACACCGUACACACGCGACUGCAUACAAACAGACUUGUGCAAGACGAAACGCAACUCUGUCUGCGAAGUCAUGAACAAUACAGUACAGUGUUCAUGUGCGCGAGGUUACUCUCAAAAUGAAUCCGAUUCAAACGAUUGUGCAGAAAUUUCACUGACAACUAUUGUUCCGGAUGAAGUUUAUGAUGGUAGACACAGCCAUGUUGUUGUUGAAGUUAAGUUGGACUACAUCUUUCCGCAAGGUUUAACAUUGAAUGCGUCAACAACCUACGGACGAUACGAACUUGAACUUAGUACCAAGCUUACAGAAUACUACAAAGACCUUCUUGGAGAACAGUUUUCAAAAGUGGUUAUAACAGCAAUUAAAAUCGGAAGUUUAAUCGUCGAACAUUGGGUGUUUUACGUACAAAAUGAGCAUAACCCUGUCAAUGUUUAUGACGCGUUGACUCGUCAUUCGGAAAGGCCGCUGGGGAUCUUUGAUCAGACAGUACACGUUUUGAAUGUAUCAAUUGUUAACAACGAAGGAUGUGCAUCGCCUAUGGCGUGUAGCAAGAAGAAUAACUCUCUUUGCGAAGUCUGGGAUGGUGUAACGCGGUGUUCUUGCAUUCGAGGUUACAUCGAAAGUAAAUCUACCCCAAGCACAUGUGUCGAAAAUACCCAGGGAAUUAUUGUUCCGGACGAAAACGCUCUGUCUGAUGACGCCCAUGGGGUCUUACAAGUGGAAAUAAAGUUGGGCUACUCAUUACCCCAUUACAACUCCUUAAAUACGUCCAACACUUACGAUAUUUAUGUAAAAGAACUCAACACAUCGUUGACCAAGUUCUACAAAGACGAAAUAGGGCAUUGGCUUUCGAAAGUAGUCAUACGAGAUAUAAGAACAGGAAGUCUGUACGUGGACCACUUUGUUGUAUAUCAAAAGCGCGAACACAUUUUGAGCGAUGUGAUAUAUGCGGUGUUGAAAUUGGCCGAGAGCGGUCUUGUAAUUUAUGGUAAAACAUACAACGUCACCAAUGCUUUCAUUGGUAAAGAUAAAGUUCCCUUACACGACAAUACGGAAGAGAAGAAGUCUGCAAAAUGCCGUGUAUACACUAGUAUCCAUCCAUGUAACGAUGACGAACAAUGUGAGGUUGACGAUUCGGUCGUUCGUUGUGUAAAAAAGAAAACUACACAGGAACUGUUCAUAAUUGUUUCGGCUGCGGUUGGCGGUGCUUUGUUCCUGAUAAUCGUCGUGCUGGUUGUCGUUUUAUGCAAAAAGAAAGCCAAGAAGCCAAUGGAGAUGGACCAUCUUGAAUCAAAGGCGCAUGACAACACGUACCAAGACAUCUCCGCACGGGAAAUGUCCGUGUUAAAGGAUGAUGUGCACAAGACCCCUCGAGCCAACCUGUCUGGGUCCAAGCUUGCCUUUGAAGAGAGUCAGGCCAAGCUCUAGAAAUCGCCGUAAGACAGAUGCCGAUCGAAACCGGUAUGAUGGUCUGUCAUAACAAGGUGAAAGUUACUACAAUAUUGGCAUGCAGCUGUAACACGUGGAAGUUAUGUGUGUGUGUGUGCUUUAAAUGCCCAAACAGUAAUGAAGUUUAACAUAAGUUGUAUUCAAGAAAUAUUGAUGUUUCUGCUUUAGAAGUGUAUGCCUAUUUUUGUUGAAUGGAGGAGCGCAUAUGCUUAAUUUCUAUGUGUGAACGUGCAUGUAAUCAGAUUUUGAUUUUUUUUUAUAUUUACGUAUAUGUUUAAAAUAAUCAUUAUAUAUAAACAUGCUUUUAACGUAAAAAAUGAAGGUAUCAAUUAUAAUUCGUAAAUAAAUUUCAUCAUCAUUGAAUUUAAAUAAUGAUUAUGUAGGCAUAUAAGUUAUGUGUUGGGAUAAUACAUACAUUUUCAACAAAAUUUAUUUUUGUAAUUAAAACUUAUGUGGACGUACUCUUUUUUUGCGGCGUUUCUAAGCGGACAUAAUAUUUUUAAACGUUAUAUCCAUCAUAAAUUAUUUUAAACGACGCCUAUUUUUCACAAUCGUCUUAUCUCAUUUUGAGCUCGGCUGUUUUCGGAGAAAACCCGAGGUAUUGUCAUAGCCAGCUCGUCGUCCGGCGUCUGCCGUCCGCCGUCUUUAGUCCGCCGUCCGCGUAGUGCUAAAACCUGGACAUUUGGCUCUAAAAUCAAAGUGCUUCCACCUACAACUUUGAAGCUUCAUAUGUUGAUGCACAUUGAUGAGUUCUACACGCCACACACAAUUUUGGUCACUAGGUCAAAGGUCAAGGUCACUGUGACCUUUAAAAAAUUAGACAGGCUUUCAUUUAUUCAAAACUGCACCCGCAGCCGAGCGUUGGCACCAGUUAUGCGGUGCUCUUGUAUUAAUAAUUUAAUAUGUUUCAAAAAUAAAUGUUUUCCUUCC